AUAUUCGGUUGCAAAGGAAUGCAACAGAAUAGGAGAAUUUAAUGCUAUAGGCCGAGCCACUUUUCACUUAUGGAAAACUUCCACAACACAAGAAAAGGCAGAAUACUAUGAUCUGACGCAGAGAGUAAAAUUUCAUUAA